AUGCUCUUAUGCUAUAGACUCAUUGCUUCAUUUUUACUAUCAAUCUGUUUCCAACUCCUACCAACUGCUACUGCUGAUCUCCCACCUACCGUCUGGAUCAAUGGGUCUCAGCCGCUCACUGGAACCCUCAGUCCAGAUGGUCUUGUCGAGUCUUACCUAGGAAUCCCAUAUGCAGCCCCUCCCCUGGGUCCCUUACGGUUCAGCAGACCUAUCCCCUUCACCGGGUCCUAUGCAAACUUCUCUGCCACUGAGUUCGGGCCCAGCUGUCCCGCUGCGCUUUCCGGCGGUACCCUAGCUGCGUUCGAUGACAUUGCUGGCAUCGGCAAGUACCUCCCCCCACACAUGCGUGAUGCUCUCCAUGAUGCCCGAGCACAAAUGACCCCAAUGGAUGAAAACUGUCUCUCUCUCAAUGUCUUUUGUCCAGCAGCUAAAAACCCAUCUCCUUUGAAACCCCUUCUCCCUGUCAUGGUUUGGAUCCAUGGCGGCGCGUUCCAGUUUGGCGGAUCCUCAAUGUACCCUGGAGACCCGUUUGUGCGUGAUGGAAUUGCCCUCAAUCUCCCUGUCAUUAUAGUCACUUUCAAUUACCGAUUAGGUGCGCUGGGAUUUCUCGGCGGUUCUGCAGUCCUCAAAGACCAGCAAUCGGCAAAUGCAGGACUUCAUGACCAAAGAUUGGCUUUGGAGUGGGUAUCGAAGCACAUAGAAGCUUUUGGCGGCGAUCCUUCCCGCAUUGUGAUUUUCGGUGAAAGCGCCGGCGCACAAAGUGUCUACAUGCAUACCGUCUCACACCAUAUCCAGGAACAAAAACCUUUGUUUUCUGCUGCCAUAAUGCAAAGUGGUAGUAUCAUUCCCACAGGGUACGUUGACGAUAAAGGCCCUGAGCAGCUGUUUUGGAGACUGGCUGAAAACACAGGAUGUGACGUAACUGAUGGCUUUGCAGCCCUUGAAUGUCUUCGCUAUAAUGCUACUCUCGACGCCAUUAUAGAUUUCCAGCGCAAUUUGGUCCGCAACGAGCAGUCUGGAAUCAUCACUGCGUAUCUGGGCUGGAGCCCGCGUAGUGACCGCGAUCAAAGCGGUCUCCUGCCUGCGCCUGUUCAUGAGCUUUCCAUGACCCCACGUGCCAUUCCACAAAUCACAGGUAAUCAACAAGACGAAGGUACACUAUUUGCGUUAGUUCUUAAUGCAACAACAGGCAAAGAAACAGAAGAACUGUUUCAGUCUAUGUUUGGACGCGCAUCAACACAGCAGAUCCACCAGGCGUUAACUCUAUACCCUGAUAACCCAUUUUCUGGAGCACCAUUCGAUACAGGUCUGCGCAAUGCUGUAACUCCACAGUACAAGCGUUUGGCUGCGGUUCUCACAGAUAUCAUUUUCCAAGCAGGCCGGCGACUGGCUCUGGCACGUGUUCCUGUGGCUGCAGUGCCUACAUAUGUAUACCAGUCUACAGCUCUGCACAAUAUAAUUCCUGUUCUCGGGACGUUUCACGCUAAUGAUUUGAUUUGGCAAUGGCGCGAGGACGAGGAUCCCAGUCUGCGAUGGCCCGGGAGACCUGGUCAAGGGAUAUUGAAGGUGCCAUCUAAAGCGGCAGUGGCUGCUGCGACUCAAGCAAAAGUCUACCGACGCUACUUUAUAGCAUUUGCAACACACCAUGACCCCAACAUCGGGAGCGGGCUGCCGAUGUGGCCGCGAUUCUCGGAUCUUGGUCGUGACAUGCUAGGGGUUGGUCCGUCUAUGGUGUAUGUGGACCGCGACACGUUUAGGACGGAGCAGAUUGGGUUUUUUGCACAAAAUUACGCGGGGUUUAUGAUGUAA